AUCCAACAUCACUCACAUUUCCAGUAUUGAGAACGCCAGAUUUAAAGGCCCCACCUUCCGCGGACACAGCAAGAUGGCUAUCUCACCUCACGAGUCCAUUGUGGCAUUGGCGAGUGUGGACGGCAGCCUGACGACGUAUUUUGCUAAUACGGGUAUGGCUAUUGAUGACCGGAAGUUCCCUGGGUUCAAGAUCGAAUACAUUGGGUUCCAUGGUCAGGAUGACCAGCUGUUUGUCAUUUUGAGAAGCAGUGUUAAUUACGAGCUCAGCGCCUGGAUUUUGGAUUCACUCCAGCUAAAAUCCGAGACUGCUGCUAACCAAGUUCCUAUUCCGACUAUCGAUUCGACCAUCCUGGCUUUAUUCUAUGUCAAGAGAUUCUGGAAAAGAGGCAUCAUUUGCGAGUCCGACGGCACCAAAAUCAACUGCUAUAUCUCCCAUCAGCCUACGAGCUCCAAACUCAUCAAGGAUAGCGAGACUGCUCUGAAGGCCGCACCCGAGGAUGUUGUUUACGAGUCUUCGCAUGACGUCGAUAUCCAGUAUCGAUUGUUGACCGGCAUCCACCGAGAGCUGUUGCCUGAAGGCGACGGCAAGUCGUACUGGGUACUCCGUGUCGAAGUGGUGGAGGAGAAUCUGAAACAGAAGACGUCCAGAAUCAUAUUCUCCUUUGUGCCAGAGCCAUGGAUGCGCGUCACCACCGAGGAAGUCGUCCACCCGGAGAACCUGCAGUCAACAUUCUUUGUCCCAUGCGGAACUCGUUUUGCUGUUGUCGGAAUGCAGACUCUGCAAAUCUGGAACCUGCCCACGACUGAGAACUCCAAGUGCAGCCUGCAGUUCAUCUGGAGUCAGCCCAGAGACGAAAAGGAGCUGCUGCCAGGCGGUGUCGCUUACAAGUCUAGGCGAGUCAGGGACUACUACAUGGACAUCAUGGGUAUUUCUAUCUUUCUAGAUGCCGAAACGGGCAGUACCGUUGCCGAGAUCAAGAUGAAUGACAGGUCGAGGAAGAAGAUUGUUCCCAUCCCAGGGCCAGGCAAUAUUGGUGCUCGUUAUGCGAUUCUCUACUGCUUCCGGAGCGUUCACUUGCUUUCAGCCGCCUAUACCUUUUCUCAUAACGAGAGUAAGAAGACGACAAGGGAUUCACCACAGCUGACGUUCACGUUCGAGGACCAUGCAGAAGCCAUCGUUCGAUUCACGCGAGAGCAUAUCAAUCGCAUGAUGUCUAUCGGUGUUUUUUCACCACGGAGACCAGGCCAAGCACAGAACAACACAAAGGACGCGAAGGGCACGAAGCGACCAGGACCCAGCACUGUUAAUCAACCAGCACCACUGAACAACAUUCAGCCGAUUUCUGACGCCGACGUAUUAGAGUCUUCCGCAUCAGCUCCCGGAGCUGUGGUGGUGGGAGAGAACGUCACUGUCCAUGCCAACGCCAAUAGGCAUGAUGAUGACGAGGUCGAUCUUCGUCCUCAAAAUAUCCGUGGAAAACACGAUUAUAAACGCAGGACACCUCAAUCGAAGAGUAGUACCCGGCCUGAUGUUGUUACGGUGCUCACGCUUCUCUUGGACCACCCUCACUUGCAACGCACAAAUCAUGUCUUUGUUGAGGGGCUGCUAAACUCUUCCAAUGGCGACUGGAUCCCCCGCGAUAACAAGGCGCUGAAUCCGAUCAAGCGCGUGAUCGAGGCGAGGAAUGGGCAGCUCCUCGAAGCAUUUGUCGAUUACUGCAUCAAGAACGCCAAAAAGUAUCACCCAGCAUACCUGAUGCCAGCAGUCCAGUGUUUGAACGAGCUCUCAGACCGAUAUCCGAAUGUGCUUGCGGACCUGUUCAGGAAGGCCUCUUAUGUCCCGGUCCACAACUACGGCUAUGUUGCCUCUCAUGCCAUCAUUGCCAACGAACAGUACGGAAAGUGGCUCAAGUCCAAGCUCAUGUUCUGGAAUAUCUUUACAGGGAAGAAGUUUGAAAAGUCCAACAACAUCAACGACUAUGAGAAGCCAGUUUUCAGUUUGCGUUCUCAGCUCCCGUUCCGCGCGUCGAGUCUCUUGAACAUUCUGUAUAUUGAGACAUCUGUCCGCGAGAAGAGAGAGGAGGAAUUCCCAGCAAGGCCGGAUGUUGUAGAAGAGGACAAGAAGAGCUUGCAGUCGGAAUUUUCGCACAAGAUCUAUGUGUCUCCAUUCCCGAAACUGUCCAUGUAUGGGCCGUAUCGUCCAUGGUUCAAGGAUAUGGCAUCGGCUAAAUCUGCGUUUACCGACAUCGCAGGACAAGACUUUUUUGAUAGUCCGGCUAUGGUGGCAACACUUGAGUUCAAAUGGCAGAAGUUCGGUCUUUUCUACUGGAUUUGGCGCUUCUCUGUGGUGUUCACCUUCUUUGUGCUCGUGUUGAUUAUCACAGCAAAGCAGAUUUAUACGUCUUCAAAUCUUGAUGAUGUCUCGCCAGCCGAUAUUGCCAGCCGAUAUCUAUUCGAAUGGCGUCCACUCUUCAAGGCUGUGAUAAUCUUUGGAUUCAUCUUGAUUGUAUACGAAAUCAUGCAGUUUCUGGAUUCGCCAAGAAAGUACAUAAGGUCGCCAUAUAACUACAUGGAUCUGGCUGCAUAUGUCUUGCCGGUCGUUGGGUGCCUCAUGUUUUUGCAAACCCAACCAGGGCCCAUCGAUAUCAGCACUGAUAUAGUCGAUGGCGACAGAGGCCCUAGCCAAAUUUGGGUGAUGAGCUUUGCGAUCCUGGCCCUUUAUAUGAACAUUUUGUUCGAGCUGCGUGUUAUCAAGCAGCUGGGGAUUGUUGUCAACAUCAUUUUGAAUAUCACACGUAGAAUUGGCUGGUUCUUCCUGAUCUUUGGCCUCUUCUUGAUUGCUUUCACACAUGCCUUACUCCAUUUACUGCACACUCGGCGUUACGACCCCUGUGUGGCAAAUGACACAUGUGAAGGCGAAGGGAGAGACUACCCGGACGGAUACCCCACAGGGUUCUUUUCAGCUCUGUCUGCAACGUACUUCUUCUUGGCUGGCCGCUACGAUCCCAUCUCUGAUUCUUUUGACAAGGGCUCCACCAGCUUUCAUGUCAUGAUGGUUAUUUUCUUCUUCUUCACGGCCAUUCUGCUUCUCAAUAUCCUGAUCGCCUUGAUGAACGAUGCCUAUAAUGAGAGCAAGGAUCAGGGCCAGCUUGCGUGGCUUAAGCAGUGGUCAGAAGUCAUUGCUGAGGUGGAGAUUUUCCUCAUGUCCCAGGGCGCGCGGCAGAACCGCAACUACUUUCCCGACUACGUAUAUUACGGAGCGAAUGAGCAAGAAGCAGAGCUGUACGAGUCCAAAUAUUACAUCGCCAACAAGUCGAACCUCUCGAUUGAAAAUCGAUUCUUGGUGGAUACUGUCACUGGGGAGCAGGUUGUGGCCCAGGUGACACAGCGUGCCAUCCAUAAGGACGUUCAGUUGCUCAAGCAGGAACUGGAGAGGAUGAAGAAUGCCCAGGACGGCUUCAACCAGGACAUGACAGAACUUAUGGCAGCCUUCUUGGCCCAGACGACGACUGUUGCCCCCACCAGCCCAGACUGCGAUCAACCACCGCAGGUUUCUCCUGUUGAAAAUGACCCACCGAACAGCGGGGCAUCACCAACGACUGGCUCUGGCAUUUCUGUUCCAGGGGGACCUCUAUCCGCUCCAGGCACUGGUCUACCCGGUGGUGUAGUCCGAUCCUCUGCGGGGGCUGCUGCUGCUGCUGCUGCUGCUGCCGUCUUCUCCACUGCUGGCCAAUCAAACAGACGAUCCAAAAAACAGUCUUCGGUACCGUUCCGCCGCAAGAUUAGCACCACAAUUUUGGAAACGGAAUCGCCGACAUCUUAUUCCCCAACUGUGCACUUCAAUUCGCCUCAAAGCUCGAUCAGCACCUCUCCGAUAUCGGCAGGUGAUGCUGCGAGCCACCUGCCAGGAGAGGGAACCAUCGACGCAGGCCCAGCGUCGGUAGGUGCGUCCCCCUCCUCAGUGCCACAAAGGAUUGCAGAGCAUCCACAUCUAGCUGGUCCUGUUCGGCGCAAAUCCAGUUAUUCGUCCAUCAAGCGGCGUCUCCAACAAAAGCUGGCAGUUGUCCGUACAAUGGAUGACGUUCUCAAGACUCACCAGAUGAUCGAAGACAACAAUGCAAGCCAUCCUAUCUAUAUCAAGCCUCCAGGACGCAGGGAUAGUGAGGAUGAUGAGCUUUAUGACACAGAGGAGGAUGAGGAAGACCUGAUGAAGACUGUCACUGUGCAUCAUGCUCAGCGGCCCUCACCCGAUCAGCCGGAGCAUCUUAGAAGGGCGCAUAGUGAGAUUCUACUGAGGAGCAUUCCCCAUAACCCUAUACCGCUUCAUACACUUCCCGUACAUCCUUCUCCUGGAGAGGAUUCUACAGUGCAGAAUGAAUGAACAAUAAAAAAAGUAUAUCCUCUG